UGAAAUUAGGGUUUAUCUCUGCUCCCUUCUUCUCCGCUUAAACCCUAGCCAAAUCGAUUGGAAUUUCACUGUAAAAAAAUGGGUAAGCGAGAGAAGAAGGAGAAGAAAUCAGCAAAAUCAGAUGUUAUGGAGGUAGAGGAAUUAGCAGAGGUAAAAAUUAAGAAAUCUAAGAGAGUGCGAAGUAAGAAAAGAAAAGAAGAAGAUGAAGAUGAUGAUGUCGAAGCUAAUGAAGAUCUCAGCUUGAAAAUUGUUGAGAAAGCUUUGCUUCGUGGGUGCUCAACUAAAAAUGGCGAAGUUGUAGUUGUUACAGAUUUGAAGAAGGAAAAGAAAGAGAAAGAGAAAAAGAAGAAGAAGAAGAAGAAGGAAAAGAAUGUUGAGAUUCCAGAAGACCCUCAGGUGUCAAUUGGAAUAGAUAAGGGGUUUCAGAGCUUCUGUAGUGAUAUGUCUAUGGUGGAUGGAAUGAAAGAAGAAGAAAAUGUGGUUAGUAUAGAUAUGAAUGUUGUUGACAAUGCAGCUGAAAAGAAUCCUGUUGAGAUGUCUAAUGGCGUUGUCCUACGAAGGCUUCUUCGGGGGCCCAGAUACUUUGAUCCUCCAGACAGCAGUUGGGGGACGUGUUAUAAUUGUGGUGAAGAGGGUCAUACGACAGUCAGUUGUACUUCGGCCAAACGCAAAAAACCAUGUUUUGUUUGUGGGAAUUUUGAUCAUAAUUCUAAACAGUGUACAAAGGGCAAAGAGUGUUUCAUCUGUAAGAAGGGCGGUCAUCGUGCUAAGGAUUGCCCUGAAAAAAACCAAGGAGGAUCUGAGAGUUCAAGAAUGUGUUUAAAAUGUGGGGAUUCUGGGCAUGAUAUGUUGUCAUGCUGGAAUAACUAUUCUGCUGAUGAUCUAAAGGAAAUACAAUGUUACAUUUGUAAGAGUUUUGGUCAUCUUUGCUGUGCAAGCUACCCUGAUGGUGGUCCGAGUGAAAUAUCCUGUUACAGAUGUGGUCUGCUAGGCCAUACCGGUUUGGCAUGCACAGGAUCUCGUGGGGAGACUAGUGGUACAUGGCAUCUUAGUUCUUGUUAUAGGUGUGGCGAAGAAGGACAUUUUGCACGAGAAUGCACUAAUUCCAAUAUAGUCAAUAAGUGGAAUCGGGAAUCAUCAACCCCCAAGAAGAAAGUGUUCAAGGAAAGAAAGGAAAAUUAUGAGUUCCAAUCUGCUCCUCAUGAUUAUGGUAAGGCAAGGAAAAAGAACACAGAAUAUGGAGGAGGAUAUGCAUCAAGGUACAAUACAAAACAAAGAGCUGGUUGGAUCACCGAUGAUCCUGAAGACUUUCCUCGAUCCAAUGGUUGGAGAUCUCCUUCAACUCCUGGACAUAAGAGAGCCAGGACAUCCAACGUUGGUUCUGGCGAUCAUUCUUCUGUUUCUUAUUCAUCUAGAAAGUCCAACAGGCUUGAUUUUGAUGAUUCAACUUCUUAUGGAUCAGUCAAACAUAAUCAUCACCAUAGGUUUUCAGCUUCUCGAUUUGGCAACAGCAGUCAUGAUGGGAGAAGAAAUUAUGAAUGGUAACAGAAACCCUUCAUCAUCUCCUCUUUUUUUUUUGGAUGACCAAAUAUCCAUCCAGAACCAAACAUUUGAGCCUAAUGCAGAUUACAAACCUCGGGGUACUGGACUUAGUUUGCUUGGCACAAGGCCCGAACUUGUGACCUAAGACACAAUCCCCUCAACCUUGCCAUUUGAGCUGAUGGCUUGACCUUGGGGUAAAAAGUCUGUGGACCCUUCCUUCGAGGGCGCCUUACCGAAAAGGUUGCCCCUUUGCAACCCCGAAACCUGGGGGGAGGGGAGGGUGGGAAGGGGCAUCUCCUUUCCUUUUUUAAUUAUUAUUAUUAUUAAUAUAAAUUUGAUUCCAUUA